GCUUAGGCUCUCGCAAGAGCAGAAGCGGGCGUCCAAGUCAAAGCCUCGUUGCUGCCGGAGCCGCGACGUUUCCUUUCCCCCCCACCAUUUCAUCCUACGCAGUCAGGCAGCGAGCGCAGACCUCGACUCCCAGCGCUGUCCGACUAGGGCACGCCAUGGAGGAGGAGCGUGCCGGGGAGCAGAUGAGGCCACUACUCACAACGGGUCAUGAUGAAGAAGCUGUUGUGGAUACAGGCAAAAUCAGUUCUACUAUCAACACAAACUUUGAGAAAGAAGAAUUAGAAAGUCAUAGAGCUGUAUAUAUUGGUGUGCAUGUGCCCUUUGGAAAACAAGGUCGACGCCGUCAUAGACAUCAUAGUCAUAAACGUCAUAGACGAAGAAAAGAAAAGGAGACUGAUAGAGAAGAUGGGCGGGAAUCUCCUUCUUAUGACACACCAUCCCAGAGAGUGCAGUUUAUCCUUGGUACAGAGGAUGAUGAUGAAGAACACAUUCCACACGAUCUUUUUACUGAAAUGGAUGAGCUUUGUUUUAGAGAAGGAGAAGAAUAUGAAUGGAAAGAAACUGCCAGAUGGCUAAAAUUUGAAGAAGAUGUUGAAGAUGGUGGUGAGCGGUGGAGCAAACCUUAUGUGGCUACUCUGUCUCUUCAUAGUCUGUUUGAAUUGAGAAGUUGCAUUUUAAACGGAACGGUCAUGUUAGAUAUGAGAGCCAAUUCACUGGAUGAAAUAGCAGACAUGGUAUUGGAUAACAUGAUAGCUUCUGGCCACCUUGAUGAAUCAAUGAGAGAAAAUGUCAGAGAAGCCCUUCUGAAAAGACAUCAUCAUCAGAAUGAAAAAAAGUUUAGUAAUCGGAUUCCUCUCGUCCGAUCCUUUGCAGAUAUAGGCAAGAAACAUUCUGACCCUCUCUUGCUUGAAAGAAAUGGGGAAGGCCUUUCAGCCUCCCGCCAUUCUUUACGAGCAGGUCUUUCUGCCUCAAAUAUUUCCCUGAGAGGAGAGAAUCGUUUGUCCCUUCUUCUCAAUUACCUUCUUCCUGGAUCUCCAACAACCUCAAGGAGUACAACCCCUUUACCUACCCCACAAAGCACUCCACCUUCCAGUCCUAGGUGUGAUUCUAAGGGAACUACAAAUUUCCAGCCAAUCGUGCAUCAGGUGUCUCCUUCUAAUGAUGAUAUCCCUAAAGUAGUAAUUCAUCCACCUGAGGAAGAUUUAGAAGCUCAGGAAGGCAAGAAGAGGACAGAGGAAAAUAGUGACAUAACACCAGGGCUUUUAGCAUCACCACAAUCUGCACCUGGUAAUUUGGAUAUUGGAAAAAAUGGAGAAUUUAAAAUUAGUGGAACAGGAGGGAGUAGAGAAAAUAGUACGGUUGACUUCAGCAAGGUGGAUAUGAACUUUAUGAGGAAGAUUCCAAUAGGUGCAGAGGCAUCAAAUGUGCUUGUUGGAGAAGUAGAUUUUUUGGAGAGACCAAUUAUUGCUUUUGUGAGGCUGUCUCCAGCUGUGCUUCUCACUGGUCUCACAGAGGUUCCUGUUCCUACACGUUUCCUUUUUCUGUUGCUGGGACCAGCAGGUAAAGCACCUCAGUAUCAUGAAAUUGGUCGAUCAAUAGCAACACUCAUGACUGAUGAUGUGUUCCAUGAUGUUGCUUAUAAAGCCAAAGAUAGAAAUGAUCUACUAUCUGGAAUUGAUGAAUUUUUAGAUCAAGUGACUGUUCUUCCUCCAGGCGAAUGGGAUCCUUCAAUUAGAAUUGAACCACCCAAGAGCGUUCCUUCUCAGGAGAAGAGGAAGAUUCCUAAAUUUCCAAAUGGAGCUGCUUCUCCUGGAGAACCCCUUAAGGAAGAAGGUCAUCAUGCUGGACCUGAACUACAAAGAACUGGAAGGCUUUUUGGUGGUUUGAUACUUGACAUCAAAAGGAAAACAUCUUUUUUCUUGAGUGACUUCAAGGAUGCAUUAAGUCUGCAGUGUCUGGCCUCGAUUCUUUUCCUAUACUGUGCCUGUAUGUCUCCUGUAAUCACUUUUGGAGGGCUCCUUGGAGAAGCUACAGAAGGCAGAAUAAGUGCAAUAGAGUCUUUAUUUGGAGCCUCAUUAACUGGAGUUGCCUAUUCACUUUUUUCUGGGCAACCUUUGACAAUAUUGGGCAGCACUGGACCAGUACUAGUAUUUGAAAAAAUAUUGUUUAAAUUUUGCAAAGAUUAUGGACUUUCUUAUCUUUCAUUACGAACCAGUAUUGGUCUGUGGACAUCAUUUUUAUGCAUCCUGUUAGUAGCAACAGAUGCAAGCAGUCUUGUGUGUUACAUUACUCGAUUUACAGAAGAGGCUUUUGCUGCCCUGAUUUGCAUAAUAUUUAUAUACGAAGCACUGGAAAAGCUCUUUCAUUUGGGAGAAGUAUAUCCUUUCAAUAUGCACAAUGACCUUGAUAAGCUGACAUUGUAUUCAUGUGUAUGUGCUGAACCUCCAAAUCCCAGCAAUGAAACUUUAGAGCUAUGGAUGAAAGCCAAUACAUCUCUGGAUACCAUACCAUGGACCAACCUCACAGUUAAGGAAUGCAAUAAUCUUAAUGGCAUAUUUGUUGGAUCAGCUUGUGGACACCAUGGUCCAUAUUUCCCAGAUGUUCUUUUUUGGUCUGUCAUAUUAUUUUUUACAACAUUUUUCCUCUCCUCUUUUCUCAAGCAAUUUAAGACCAAACGUUAUUUUCCCACUAAGGUACGUUCUACAAUAAGUGAUUUUGCUGUAUUUUUGACAAUAGUGAUUAUGGUUUGCAUCGAUUAUUUUGUUGGAGUUCCUUCUCCUAAAUUAAAUGUGCCUGAAAAAUUUGAGCCUACACGGAGUGAUCGUGGAUGGCUUAUCAAUCCUCUAGGGAGUAAUCCUUGGUGGACCCUAGUAAUAGCUGCAGUUCCAGCUUUGCUCUGUACCAUCCUUAUUUUUAUGGAUCAGCAAAUUACAGCAGUUAUCAUAAACAGAAAAGAGCAUAAACUCAAGAAAGGUUGUGGUUAUCAUCUUGAUCUGCUCAUGGUUGGCAUUAUGUUAGGUAUAUGCUCUAUUAUGGGUUUGCCUUGGUUUGUGGCUGCAACUGUCCUUUCAAUAAGUCAUGUCAACAGUUUAAAAGUUGAAUCUGAGUGCUCAGCUCCAGGAGAACAACCAAAGUUCCUGGGAAUCCGUGAACAAAGAGUGACAGGAUUAAUGAUUUUUGUUCUGAUGGGGCUUUCAGUGUUUAUGACCUCUGUUUUAAAGUUUAUUCCAAUGCCAGUUUUAUAUGGUGUUUUUCUUUAUAUGGGAGCAUCCUCACUAAAAGGCAUUCAGUUUUUUGAUCGUAUUAAACUGUUUGGUAUGCCUGCCAAACAUCAACCUGAUUUGAUUUAUCUCCGUUAUGUGCCACUAUGGAAAGUACAUGUAUUUACAGUAGUUCAGCUUACCUGUCUUAUUCUUUUGUGGGCAAUUAAAGCAUCAGCUGCUGCUGUUGUUUUUCCUAUGAUGGUUUUAGCUUUAGUUUUUGUUCGCAAACUUAUGGAUUUGUGUUUCACCAAACGGGAGCUCAGUUGGCUUGAUGAUCUUAUGCCAGAAAGUAAGAAGAAAAAGGAAGAUGACAAAAAGAAAAAAGCAAAGGAAGAAGCUGAGCGAAUGUUUCAGGCAGUGGACAAUGAAACUGUACACCUUCCAUAUGAAAGAAGUGAAGUAUUACAGAUUCCUGUGAAAGCUCUAAAAUACAGCAUUGACCCUUCUGUGGUAAACAUAUCAGAUGAAAUGGCCAAAACUGCACAGUGGAAGGCUCUUUCCAUGAACACAGAGAAUGCCAAAGUAACAAGACCUAACCUGAGCCCUGAAAAUGAGUCAUGUGUGAAAAUAGACAUUGAAAAAACAUCUGAAAUAAAGUAUGUAGAUGCUGAAACCUCAUUAUAGAGGUAAAACAAUGAUAUUAUUUUAUAGGAUAUAUUGAAAGAGAGUGACUUUACAGCUUCUUUAAGUACUAGGUACUUAUGUGAACAACAGUGAGAUUUUCCAGCAAGAAAUGUCUGUCACUGUGGAAAUAUUUAUUUUAGUGGAAUGUUUAUUUCAAUUUUUUAAAAGGAAAAAUAAUUUCUUUUUUUAGUUAUCAGUAAGUCAAAGAUCAUCUUUAACUAUAAAUUAUUGGUUUUCAUUGUAUCUGUGAUAUUUUUAUAUAAUUUUAAAUACAAAUGUCCUGUUAUCAGGCAUUUGCUUGUUGGAUUUUUGCAAAUGUUAUGCCAGUUUAUAAGAACAAAUGAUACAUAUGCAAUUUAGUGAAUUGCUGUAUUUCAGCCUUUAUUUCAUAUUAUCUUAUGGGUUAAAUAAUUGUAUUUGUAUAUGAAUUAUUUCCUGUUGUAUUGUUAAACACCAUUGUAAUGCAUUUUUUUAAAAAUAAGUCUUAUAUGUAGUAGUCAACUUCUCAGUUUUAUUUUUUAAUUCACCAACCACAAGAGCAGAUUAUACUGAAAGAAUAAAGCAGUUUUUAAAUAUAGAAGUCUAGAUUGGCAUUUAUUUAGACUGCCUUUUAAUAAGAUUAAACAUGAUUAUGGUUCUCUUUUUGUAAGAUAAAAUUUAAUUUUCCCCUGAGUGUCCUAUAAAUAUAUGCCAGAGAGCUGGGGGAGUUUGAUGAUUGGUAACUGUAGGAGAGGGAAGAAAUUUCUAUCACAUAAAUGAAAAUUUUCUAGUUAGUAUUGUAUUAGAACAUCUGGAUUUACAUUAAGAGUUGACUUCUUUUACAUAAACUUUAUUGCUACUAGACAUUGAAAAUAAAUUUAUGUAGAUUCUUGAAUCCAUCAUUUUAACAUUCAGUUUCAGGAAAUAAAACCAGAAUUACUUUAAAAUUAUGUUAAAUUUAAAAUUUUUUUUUCCAAAGCAUAUUUGUCUUAGAUCAAUA